AUGAUCUGGUGCGUGCCGGCGGAGCUGGCCCUCCACAGCCUCGACGGGUCCUGCGCGCCGGACCUCACGCGGGCCGCCGAUCUCUUCAACCCGCAGCUGGAGCGGAUGCUGACGGAGCUCAACGGCGAGGUGGGCCACGACGACGUCUUCAUCGCCGCCAACACCAACAGGGUCAGCUUCGACUUCAUGUUCAACCCGCAGCAGUACGGUACGUGCACUAUCAAACGAAAUUCUUUCAUGCUGGCAUGCAGAUCAGCGAAGGAAAGAAAGAUUGCAGGGUUCGCGACGGCCAAGAUCGCGUGCUGUGGGCAGGGCCCGUACAACGGGAUCGGGCUGUGCACGCCGGCGUCCAACGUGUGCGCCAACAGGGACGUGUACGCCUACUGGGACGCCUUCCACCCCACGGAGCGGGCCAACCGGAUCAUCGUCGCCAACUCCAUGCACGGCACCACAGACCACAUCAGCCCCAUGAACCUCAGCACCAUCCUCGCCAUGGACAAUGCCAGGAACUAG